AUGGAAGUGAUUGAAGAUCCAGCGGUUGUGGUUGCACCUCAAACUGGAACAGCAACUGUGCACAAGGAAAUGACAAGUACCUUUAAUGGAGAUCCAAUGGCUUUGGCGAAGUUGGAUCAUCCAGGAAUACAACUUGUCACGAUUCCUUUAAUAGGUAACAACUAUUUGUCUUGGAGUAAAUCGAUUAAGAUAGCCCUAGGAGCUAAGGCGAAGCUCAGAUUCAUCGAUGGAAGGUGUGUGAUGCCAGAAGAAGAUUCUACUGAUUAUGAUCAGUGGAUUCGUGUGGAUUGUAUGAUUAGAUCAUGGAUCUUGAACUCUAUUUCUAAGGAAAUAGUGGAACCCUUUCUCUAUGCAUCAACUACUAGAGAACUUUGGUUGGAGUUGGAAGAAAGAUUUGGUGAAUCUAAUGGACCGCAGAUUUACCAGAUCAAAAGAGAAAUAAGUACUAUUUCUCAAGGAAGUCAGUCGGUGGUGAAGUACUUCACAAAGCUGAAGAAACUGUGGGAUGAAUUGGUUUGUGUGCAGCCAAUACCACAAUGUACUUGUAAGAAUUGUACAUGUGGUGUUGCGAAGAAUGUUUCAGAUCUUGCUUGUUCUAACAGGCUAAUGCAGUUUUUAAUGGGCCUUAGUGAUGAUUUUGAUCAUGUGAGGAACCGGAUCUUGGUGAUGGAGCCCCUGCCUUCAGUCAACGAGGCUUAUUCAAUGAUUUUGCGAGUUGAGAAGCAACGAGAGGUUCAUCUUAACUUGGUUGAGAAAGUUGAGAACUCAACAAUGUUUGUAAGAGCAUCUAUGGGAAGAGGAUCUGAUGCUAAAAGAGGAAAGCAUAAGAAGUCAAGUUAUAAUGACAAAAAGAAUGAGAAAUAUGAGAAGUUGUCUUGUGAUCACUGUAGCAUAGGCGGUUAUACUAAGGAUACAUGCUUCAAAUUGCAUGGUUAUUUAGAGUGGUAUAAGGAACUUAAAGAGCAAAGAAGCAAGGUUACAGGAGGAAGAAAUGUGGCAAAUACGGCUGAUAAUCCUUUGGAUGUUAACAUGGAUCGUGUUGUUGGCAAAACAACUGAUCAACAAGUGUCUUUGUCAAAGAUGAUUCAGCAGGAAUUGUCGAAGAUGAUGAAGGGAAGGGAUACUAUUGAAGGCAAUCAUGUUAACUUCGCACAUGUUGAGGAUUUUGCAGAUUCUCAUCAGUUUUAUACUUCUCGGGAUGUGGUUUUUCAUGAAAAUGUAUUUCCUUUUUUAAAUGUUAAUAAUGAUAGUAGUAAAGCAUCAUUACCUAUUCCUUUUCAUGAUCCUAUUCUCUUCGAUUCAAAUCAUUUGUCAACAACUCCUUUAAAGCAGAAUGUUGAUUCUGCUAUUGAUCAUAUUCCUACUAUUUCUCCUUCUACUACUAUUGAAUCUAUCCAUAUUGAGAUUAUUUCAGAUCCUAUACAGCCUUUGAACCCCAUUCAAUCUUCAUUUGACACACAUCAUUCAGAUAUUCCCAUUCUUACUUUAAGGCAUAGCACUAGACAAAAAUUUAAACCAGCAUGGAUGAAUGAUUUUGUGUCUAAUGUGAUUGUUCUUACUAACUUGCCUACUGUUAUUACAACUUCGAAUACAACUACAUCAUCAGGUUCUUCAGCCUAUACACCACCAACAUUUCCCUACCAUAAAUCACCUAUUUUCACAAACACUUAUAUAUAUCUUCUUUCCAAUGUGUCCUCUGUUCCUGAACCUAGUUCAUAUUAUCAAGCAAGAAAAAAUGAAAAGUGGAUUGAGGCUAUAAACAAAGAGUUGCAGGCUUUUGAAUCAAAUAACACAUGGGAGUUGGUUCCUCUGCCACCUAAAAAAAAGGCCAUUGGGUCGAAGUGGGUUUACAAGGUAAAGUAUUUGCUAGAUGGUACCAUUGAUAGCUACAAAGCGAGGUUGGUAGCAAAAGGCUACCAUCAAAUUGAAGGAGUUGACUACAAUGACAGCUUUUCUCCAGUAGCCAAGGUUGUUACAGUGAGGAUAUUUUUGGCUAUUGCUAUUGCCAAAAAUUGGGCUUUGCAUCAAUUGGAUAUUAAUAAUGCUUUUUUACAUGGUUAUCUUGAUGAGGAAGUUUUUAUACAGCCUCCUCAGGGUUAUACCAAAGCAAAACCACAUGAAGUUAGUUUGUUGAAGAGGUCUCUAUAUGGUUUGAAGCAGGCUUCCCGCCAAUGGAAUGUUAAGUUUUGUGUUAAACUUCAAGCUUAUGGAUUUACACAGAGUGCACAUGAUCAUUGCUUGUUUACAAAGAGCACAUCAAGUUCUUUUUUAGCUUUGUUAUUAUAUAUCGAUGAUGUCCUUGUCACUGGCACUCAUGAAAGUGAAAUUCAAAAGCUUAGCCAAUUUGUUCAGUCUCCUACCAAGGCUCAUUGGGAGGCAGCUCUUCACGUUCUCAAAUACCUCAAGGGAACCCCUUCAAGAGGUUUAUUCUUUCCAUCUACAAAUGAUUUUUCUCUUAAAGCCUACUAUGAUGCAGACUGGGUGGCUUGUAAGGAGACUCAUCGAUCACUCACUGGCUACUGUAUAUCUCUAGGUUCUUCAUUGAUAUUUUGGAAAACCAAGAAAAAAUCCACUGUCAGCAAAUCUUCAGCAGAAGCGGAAUAUCGCAGCCUUGCUACUACUGUUUGUGAGUUGCAGUGGAUCAGUUACAUAUUACAAGAAUUUCGAAUCAGUUUUCCUUUGCUAAUUCCUCUUCGGUGUGACAAUUUAGUAGCAUUGCAUAUUACUGCUAAUCCGGUCUUCCAUGAGCGUACUAAGCACCUGGAAAUUGAUUGCCACUUAGUGCGUGACAAGUAUAAAGUUGGUUUCGUUCUUCCUAAACACAUCUCUACAAAGUUAUAG